AGCAUCAGAGGAGCUGUGCAACACGAUGUGCUUAUGUAACUGCAUCUGGAUCUUGCUGGGUUUCUUAAAAUGGAAGUUUGGGUGCUGUUUUAUUAAAAAAAACGUUAUUUCUAUCAAAAUUAUAGCAAUUAUUUGUUAGAUAGAUGGAAUACUGGACAGGCUGGCUUUCACAAAACAUUGUGAGUCUUUCUAAUUUCACAAAUGAAGGAUCAGUGAGGUUCCCCUGCUCCAGACAGCACUCCCUUCCUCUCCUCAAUAACCACACUUGCUGCCAAACGUCUUCCGCGGUGCAGCGCUGCCUGGAGUCCGGGCCGAGCUGAGGAAGAGCUCAAACACCCCCAUCCUCCUUCCCUGGCCGUUCCGGGGACAUGCUAAAGCACCUGUGCAGCGACCCGCUUUGCACAAAGGUCGGCGACCUCACCAGCCGAGCACCAGCAGGAAAAUGCGGAGGAAGGGGAGCUGCCGAGGAAAAAGUUUCGCAACCCCAGGCUGUACAUAGCCAACUGGAGAAGCCAUCAAGUACUGCAAUUCUCUGCAAUACCUGUGGAAACCCAUGCAAAGGAGAAGUUUUGAGAGUUCAGAACAAAUAUUUCCAUAUUAAGUGCUUUGUUUGCAAAGCUUGUGGAUGUGACCUGGCUCAAGGAGGAUUUUUUGUGAGACAGGGAGACUACAUCUGUACUUUGGACUACCAGAGACUCUAUGGUACACGAUGCUUCAGUUGCGAUGAAUUCAUUGAGGGAGAAGUGGUCUCAGCACUGGGUAAAACCUAUCACCCAGACUGUUUUGUGUGUGCUGUGUGCAGGUUGCCUUUCCCCGCAGGUGACCGGGUAACUUUUAAUGGGAAAGAGUGCAUCUGCCAGAAAUGUUCCCUGCCCCCUUCCAGCAGCACUGGCUCUUUCCCAGUACAGAACUUGCGAAAUUGUGGAGGCUGUGGUUCAGAAAUAAAAAAUGGGCAGUCGUUGGUUGCCUUGGACAAACACUGGCAUUUGGGCUGUUUUAAGUGCAGUACAUGUGGCAAGCUACUGAAUGCAGAGUACAUCAGCAAAGAUGGCAUUCCAUAUUGCGAAACAGACUAUCAUGCAAAGUUUGGUAUCAGAUGUGACAAUUGUGAAAAGUAUAUCACAGGAAGAGUGCUCGAGGCGGGAGAAAAACAUUAUCACCCAACUUGCGCACGAUGUGUCAGGUGCGGUCAGAUGUUUGCAGAAGGAGAAGAAAUGUAUCUUCAAGGUACAUCCAUCUGGCAUCCAGUUUGUAGACAGGCUGCCAAGGCUGAAGAAAAAAACAAGGAAACAAGGACUUCCUCUGAGAGUAUUAUUUCUGUACCUGCUUCAAGUACAUCAGGUUCCCCAAGCCGUGUGAUCUAUGCAAAGCUUGGAGAUGAAAUUCUUGACUACAGGGAUUUGGCUGCUCUUCCUAAAAAUAAAGCCAUCUAUAACAUUGACCGCCCAGAUAUGAUCUCCUAUUCUCCAUAUAUCAGUUACUCUUCAGAUGACAGGCAUAGUUACGGGGAGUCACCUCAGUUGCUCUCUCCAACACCUACUGAGGGUGACCAAGAUGACAGAUCUUUCAAACAGUACAGGACAUCAAGUCCUAGCUCUGCCGGCUCACUGGGUUAUGGUCGCUACACUCCAACGUCCCAUUCUCCUCAGCAUUACAGCAGACCAGCUGGUACUCAGAGUCUUGGUACCAGUAGCUGCAUCUCCCUGCCCCAACACCCAAGCCCUACAUCUACAUUCAGACAUCAUUACAUCCCUUUCUUCAAAGGCAGUGAAAGUGGUCGGAGCACUCCAAGCUUAUCCAUGUACUCAGACAGCAAAUCUUCAUCUUCUGUCUAUCAGCAGGCUCCUAGACAUUUCCAUAUUCCAGACACUGGCAUAAAAGAUAACAUCUAUAGGAAACCUCCUAUCUACAAACAGCAUGCAUCAAGAAGAUCAGAAGGGGAGGAUGGAAGUUUGGAUCAGGACAGUAAGAAGCUAAAGACCAGUUGGCUUAUUCUGAAAGGGGAUAUGGACACCAGAACUAAUUCCCCAGAUUCAGAAACUCGGUCCCUGUCUCUUACUCCCGGAACUGACAGAGAAAACUUCCAGAGAACACAGGAGGGUACUACUGCCACAUACUCCCGAUUUCCAUAUGCUAAAUCUGCUUCUCUACCUGGUUAUGGAAGGAAUGGUUUGCAUCAGCCUGAAAAUAUGGGCCAAUACGAAACAGACCAGGAGGCGAGCUGGGGGAUGAAAGAAUACAAGGUAAGAAGGGCUUUUCCAACACUGGAAGAACAAUCAGAUUCAGCACUUCCUAGCAAGAUUUAUCCUUAUGAAACCCUUAUUGUAACAAACCGAGUUCGUGUGAAAUUGCCUAAGGAUGUGGACAGGACCAGACUGGAGAGGCAUUUGUCCCCUGAAGAGUUCCAGGAAGUCUUCAAAAUGAGCAUUGAGGAAUUUGAUCGUCUGGCACUUUGGAAGCGGAAUGACCUGAAGAAGAAGGCCUUGCUUUUCUAGUCCCUCAUGGAUAAAUAUGCGCUUAAUCAAAACAAAAAUAGUCUUGCCAGAACUAUCACAUGCACUUGCUGUUCAACCAUUGUCCAGCUUCAUUGUGUUAGUAUGUGUCAGGGGAAACAGGACAGAUUAGAUGGCAAUGCGUUGGAAUACAGAGAAUUUGCUAAACUUGCAUGACCAGCUGGUUUUGUCAGUAACUCCUGGUCCUAUCCAGUUUACAACAUGCAAAAAUCUAGCUUUAAAUUUAUUGUUGCUUGCAGUUAUUGCUUGAUGCAAAUCAAAAUUCUGAAAGGAAGAGAAAAAGUGUAGCUGUGACAAAGGAAAUGCAUCCAACAUUCUGUUUCAUUAUGUUUUACAAUACAAUUUUUAUGAGAUCAAGUGAGUAAUUAAUAUAAAAUUCACCAGUGGGGGAUCACAUGCUAUUAAAAAUGUGGUAAAAGCCAAAGAAAAGCAUGUCCACAAGCAAUUAUUGCAGCUUAUGUUUAUGUGUGGUACUUUUUAAGAAUGAAAGAAAAAAUAUGGAAGCACCUUAAUUCUACUUCUUAUACUUUAGACACAGCCUACUCUCUAAAAGGUCAUAUUUGUCUAAAUGGUAACUAGCUAUCUUUAAUUACAGCACAAGAGUUUUUAUUUUAUUAAGAAUAUAUUGUGACAUAAAACACUUAUAAUGACAAAAUGUAUACAGAAACCUACUUAAAAAUGUAGUCCCAUUCAUCAGGAAAACUGAAGCCUUAUUACAAAACUGGCAUAAGAAUUUAUUAUGCUAGUAAACUGUGUUUUCCUAUUUUAGGAUGUUUGGGGGACUUUUUUUUUUACAUUUCAUGCUGAUAAAAAUACCAUGUAAUCUUAAUUAUAUGUAGAUAGAUAUCUAUCUAUAAAAGUUUUUUUUUCAUUAAUAUAUGUUCUAAGUAAAGACAUUUUUACUUUCUCCACUCUCUGGCUUAUCAUGAUAAGCCAUGAGAACUGUAAUAGCAUUGGUAGGUGUGGAAAUGGAACAGUUCAGCAUAAAAUGUAACAAAAAAAAAGCUUGGUGUGCUCUAUCAAUAGUCUAUCAAAUUAUAAUCAAAUAUAUGAAACCCUCAUGCAUUACUAUUUGCAUGUUUCUGUACAAAUCAAUUAAAAAAAAAACCACAACAACCUUAUGUGAUACCGGUGCAGUACCUUGAAACUAUCUUAAAUAACAAAGCUAACAAAAUCUAAGCGUUUGAUAUGAGCGUUAGAUCUUAUUAUCUCUUCCAGCUGAAAGACUGUAUUAAAUUUAAUAAUUUCAUAUGGUCACAAGUAUGGUUGCUGACAAAGAAUGUUUUAAAGUGAGUUGCUAGUUUUGUGUGAUACUAAAAGAGCAUUACAAAAGUACAUUUUUCAGCCAUGUGUCAGUAUUCUGCAUUUUUACUGCCUUGAAUGUUUGUACUCCCUAUUUCACUAUGUCUUUUUGCCAUUUCCUUGAAGUAACUGGUUAAUAUAUGCACUACUACACACUGUUUCAACUGCCCCAGCAUCAGAAAAAUCAUAGUAUUGAACAUGCCUUCUUCCAAUAACUUUCAAAAUCCAUGCUGUUGGAAAUAAAUAUUUUCUCAUGACCUAAAUGUUUUGUCUGAUGAUACAAAUGUUUAAAAAAUCAUUAAAACAAAGACA